AUGGGACGAAAAAAAAAUUCUUAUGGAUCACGGUUACAUAGACCUGAACCAGAAUUUGGAUACACUGAAGAUAUCAUAGAAGAUAUACAAAGAAGUAUAUGUCCAUAUGAAUAUACAUUUAGGAGAAGUGAGCAAAAAUUAAAAAACAAUAAUAAUGACAAUGAUAUUUGGUUAACUAUUGAUGUAUCAAAGUUUGACAUUUCAGAAAUUAAAAUUAAAAUUUAUAAAAAUUUUUUAAUUAUUGAAGGUAAACAUGGUGAAAAAAAUGAUGGAUUUGGAACAAUUGAAAGGCACUUUAUACGAAAACUUAAAAUACCAAAAGGAAUCAAUAAAGAGGCUAUUGAAGGAAUAUUUUCUUCCAAUGGUAUUUUAACUAUUAAAAGUAAAAUGAUUCAUAACCAUUUAACGUAA